AUGUCGGCUCCUCCACCCGAAGGCUACGGCCAAUAUCCCGCGCCGGCACAGCAAUACGGCCAGCCAUCUCCGUAUCCAGACCAACCCCAAGGUUACGAGGAUAGCCAGCCAUCGCCUCCGCCACAGGCGACCUCCCAACAUGCUGCAGACGCUGGGCGCAAGAAGAAGAGGGCUUAUGCCGCCGGAGCGUUCGACGUGGGCGCCGGGGGAAACGCCGCGGCCGGGGGACAGUUGCAGGGCGCUGGGCAGUUCGGGGCUCCUCAGCCUGUAGCUCCAGGCUACGCAGGCUACCCGCAGCAGGACCCCCAGGCGGCCGCAUACGGCGCUCCAUCUCCAGGCUACGGGAUGCAACAGCCAGGUGCCCCCGUCGGCGGUCCCGUAGGAUACCAGGCCCCGGAGCCGUACUACCCAUCUGCCGGUGCCCCUCCGGUUGUUGCUCCCGGGCCCGGCGCCGUUGCCGGUCUGACUUCUGGCCUCUCGGCUAUGCAAUUGGGCGCAGGGGCGCAGGGUGUUCAGCCAGCUCCUGUUGCGGCCCGGCCGGUUGCUCUAAACCAGCUCUACCCGACAGAUCUUAUCAAUCAGCCAUUCAAUGUCUCGGAGCUGGAUCUUCCACCUCCGCCAAUCAUUCUACCACCUAAUUCGAGUGUCACGCCCUCUCCAGAUGCGAACUGCCCGCCCAAAUACGUUCGCUCCACCAUCAAUGCUUCCAAACUACCUUUUGCCCUGGUCAUCCAGCCAUAUGGCGCUCUUCACGAUUUGGACGAUCCAGUGCCCGUUGUCCAGGAUCAAGUCAUCUCUAGGUGCAGGAGAUGUCGGUCUUAUAUCAACCCUUACGUCACCUUCAUGGAUCAAGGACACCGGUGGCGUUCUUUCGACUGGGAUGCCGCAGCUCAGAAGAGCGUGGACAGGUGGCAGCGUCACGAGUUGAAUAACUCGGUGGUCGAGUUCGUCGCUCCCCAGGAAUACAUGGUCCGCCCUCCUCAACCUCUCGUGUACCUCUUCCUCUUCGACGUCAGUUACGCCUCCGUCUCCACAGGCUUGUUGGCGACGAGUGCCCGGACUAUUCUCGACAGUCUCAACAGGAUACCAAACGCUGAUCGGCGCACUCGCCUGGGAUUUAUCGCGGUUGAUUCUAGCUUGCACUACUUCUCAGUGCCCAAGGACAGUGAUGAGAACGGCGAGACCAGCAUGCUGGUUGUGAGCGAUUUGGACGAGCCUUUCCUUCCCGUUCCCCACGAGCUUCUGGUGCCCCUCACCGAGUGUCGACAAAGCAUCGAGAGUUUCCUCACUAAGCUCCCUGACAUGUUUAUCAACAGCCAGAGCAACGGCUCGUGCAUGGGCUCGGCGCUGAGAGCAGGCCAUAAACUCAUAUCACCGUUGGGAGGCAAGAUCGUCGUCCUGAGCGCGUCGCUACCAAAUGUCGGGUAUGGCAAGCUGGAUAUGAGAGAGGACAAGAAACUUCUGGGAACCUCCAAGGAGAGUGGUCUCUUACAGACCGCCAACAGCUUCUACAAAAGCUUUGCCGUGGAAUGCUCCAAGAACCAAGUCUCCAUCGACAUGUUCCUCUUCUCGUCGCAAUACCAGGAUGUUGCUUCUCUCAGCAACCUUCCCAGAUAUACCGGCGGCCAGACCUGGUUCUAUCCGGGCUGGAAUGCGGGCCGGCCUGAAGACGCCAUCAAGUUUGCCUCGGAAUUCAGCGACUACUUGUCGUCCGAGAUCGGUCUCGAGGCUGUCCUUCGUGUGCGCGCAACAACUGGUCUUCGCAUGAGCACAUUCUACGGCAACUUCUUCAACCGGAGUUCGGACUUGUGUGCCUUCCCGGCCUUCCCCCGAGACCAAUGUUAUGUUGUAGAGGUCGCAAUCGACGAGAACCUGACCAAGAACGUUGUGUGCCUGCAGACGGCCGUGUUGCACACGACAUGCAACGGAGAACGCCGAAUCCGAGUCAUGACGCUAGCACUCCCGACCACGACGAAUCUGGCUGACGUGUAUGCCUCAGCCGACCAAUGUGCCAUCACGACCUACUUCAGCCACAAGUCUGUCGAGCGGGCAUUAAGUGGCGGCUUGGACGCGGCGAGGGAUUUGCUUCAAAACAAGGUCACAGAGCUGCUGCAGACUUUCCGAAAGGAACUUGCUGGCGGAAGCAUGGGUGGAGGGCUUCAAUUCCCGUCCAAUCUCCGUGGCCUGCCAGUCCUCUUUCUCGGUCUGAUCAAGAACGUGGGGCUGAGGAAGUCUGCCCAGAUUCCUUCGGACCUCAGGUCGGCCGCUCUGUGCCAGUUGUCUACGCUUCCUCUGCCGUUACUCAUGCAGUACAUCUACCCACAUCUAUACUCACUUCACGAUAUGCCGGACAACGCAGGCGUCCCUGACCCGCAGACUGGCCACAUCACCCUUCCUCCCCCGCUCAACCUCUCUUCCGAAAGGUUUGUUCCCUACGGUCUCUACCUCAUCGACGACGGGCAGACCCAGUUCCUGUGGAUCGGGCGUGACGCCGUGCCACAGCUGUUGGUCGACGUGUUCGGCGUGGGAGAUCGGACACAACUGCACGUUGGCAAGGCAACUCUGCCAGAGCUCGAGAACGACUUCAACGAGCGCGUUCGGGCGGUGGUGCAGAAGAGCAGGGACUACAAGUCUCGGGGGGUGGGCAGCAUUAUCCUACCCCACCUCUACAUUGUGCGCGAAGAUGGCGAGCCCAGCCUCAAGCUAUGGGCCCAGACGUUGCUGGUGGAGGACCGGGUAGACCAAGGCAUGAGCUUCCAGCAGUGGAUGGGCUCGUUGAGAGAAAAGGUGAGUUUACCCCUCUUCCACUCGUCGAUCCCCUCCAAUGUAUCACCUGUUCCCCCUCACUUCACUCACACCGGGGCAAAUCGGUCACGUCUCGUCGCAAGCACUCCCCAGAGCCCAGACCAACAAUUCCCUCCCCCUCCCUCUCGGCCCCUCCUGGCCCCUCCUGAGGACAGCUUCCCACAGCUUCAACCCCAGCUCACUGUCCAGGUUGGUCGUAUUUCUCCUUCUCUUCCCUCCUGCCAUUACCCCGGCCCCAUACACUGUGUAGCUAACACGAUUCCGUCUUCGUACCAGGUGAAUCCCCCCCUCCCUGACUGGGCGCCAAACCCCUUUGCCCAACCAGCCAUGUCGCGGACCAACCCGCCGAACCCACAGGGUUCGAGGAAGAUAUCGUUCAACGUCAGUGAGCAGUAUGAUAUCCAGGAUGUAGUUGGGGAGGGUGCUUAUGGUGUUGUAUGCUCGGCCAUUCAUAAGCCGUCCGGACAGAAGGUCGCCAUCAAGAAGAUCACUCCUUUCGACCACUCCAUGUUCUGCCUAAGAACCCUCCGAGAGAUGAAGCUUCUGCGGUAUUUCAACCAUGAGAACAUCAUCUCCAUUCUUGAUAUACAGAAACCUCGGAGCUACGAGAGCUUUAACGAGGUCUAUCUAAUUCAGGAACUCAUGGAGACGGAUAUGCACCGCGUUAUCCGGACCCAGGACCUCUCUGACGACCACUGCCAGUACUUCAUCUACCAGACUCUCCGUGCCCUGAAGGCCAUGCACUCCGCCAACGUCCUGCACCGAGAUCUGAAGCCUUCCAACCUACUCCUGAAUGCUAAUUGCGACCUGAAAGUAUGCGACUUUGGCCUUGCCCGUUCUGCAGCCUCUCAGGAGGACAACUCGGGAUUCAUGACCGAAUAUGUCGCGACUCGGUGGUACCGGGCGCCCGAGAUCAUGUUGACCUUCAAGGAGUACACCAAGGCCAUCGAUGUGUGGUCGGUUGGCUGCAUUCUCGCAGAGAUGCUUAGCGGAAAGCCCCUGUUCCCUGGCAAGGAUUAUCACCACCAGCUUACCCUGAUCUUGGAUGUCCUCGGAACCCCAACCAUGGAGGACUACUAUGGGAUCAAGUCACGGCGAGCUCGGGAGUACAUCCGAUCACUACCCUUCAAGAAGAAGGUGCCUUUCCGGACCCUGUUCCCCAAGACCUCGGACCUCGCCCUCGACUUGCUCGAGAAGCUCCUUGCCUUUAACCCAGUCAAGCGCAUCACAGUCGAAGAGGCCCUAAAGCAUCCCUACCUCGAGCCAUACCACGACCCCGAUGAUGAGCCGACAGCCCCGCCCAUUCCCGAGGAGUUCUUCGACUUUGACAAGCACAAGGACAACCUCAGCAAAGAUCAGCUGAAGCAGCUGAUUUACCAGGAGAUCAUGCGGUGA